AUCGUUUUUUUCUUUUGUUGAUGUUUGUAAUUUGAAUACAUGAUACAUGUUAAAUAUGUGAAAUUGAAGAAAGUAGGCAGUGAUAUAAUGUGUUAAGUGAAAUUUUCAACAGAUUCUUUCAGAAAGAAUUAGUUUCUAGUUCUUUCUUUGGAGUUUAAAGCAGUUUUUACUUUAGUUAUUUAUUUAGAAAAUUUCUUCAUCAUCUAGAAUGGCUACUCCAAGAAAAUCUGCCAGAAAAAAUGAAAAAGAACAGCCAACAACCAAUUUACAGAUUUCUAACAAUCAACUUGAAGAGGAUGAAUAUGGAUAUGUAGAUACCAAAGGGAAAAAAGCAUCCUCUACCUUAUUACAACAGCUUCCUAGUCGUCAUUUAGAGGAUAUAAUUGUUGAUGAUAUAGAUGAACCAGAAAACCUUAGUACCUCUUUACGUAGAAGGGAUUCUCAUUAUCGGAAAGUGCGACUUAGGAAUGCUUCCCUCAACUAUCAUAAAAUAAAUAUUGGAGCUCAAAAAAUUUAUGAGAUUCUAAAUGCAGAUUCAGAUACUGAUGAAACAGAUAAAAUGAAAACUUUGCGAGAAAUGCACCAAAGUCUAACAGUCAAAAGGCAGGUGAAAGAAAGACUUGAUGCUGAUAAAGAGAGAAAAAUUGCUACUCAAGCAUUAGGCUGUUGGAUACGAUUUAAAUUAGCAUUUUUUAUGACAUGGCACAAAUUUUGGCAUGAAUUGAAAAGUAUAUCUUAUUUUUUUGAACCAUGGCACUCAUCAAUCAAAACCAUACAAGGACAAUUUGGUUCAGGUGUUGCUUCAUAUUUCAUCUUCUUGCGUUGGCUUUUGUACAUCAAUAUGUGGAAUUUUUUCACUACAUUUUGCUUUGUUGUCAUUCCCCAAUUGAUUGUUGAAACCAGAACAAAUUAUACAUCACAUCCUGGCAAUUAUACUUCAGAUACUUUUCAUGUUUCUGAUUUACUGACAGGAUCUGGUUGGUUUUCUGAUUCCUUGUUUUAUUUUGGACAUUACUCCAAUAAAAUUAUUGAGGUAAUUCCAAAUCUUCCUUAUAAUAUGCCAUUGGCAUAUCUGCUAACCAUUGGAAUAAAUGCUGUCAUUAAUCUAAUUGCAGUUAGUUCUAGUAUUACAGCCACUUAUCAGAAGAAUUAUGUUGAUACUGCAGGAGGCAUUAAAAAUGUGUUUUGUAACAAAAUAUUUUCUGCUUGGGAUUAUGCAAUUGAAACUGAAAGUGCUGCUCAAUUGCAAAAACAAGCAUUCUGUAAUGGGAUCAAAGAGCUUAUAUAUAUGAAGGUGCAGGAGGAAAAAACAAGAAGUGUUAAGCAGAAAAUUAUACAAAGAACAUUAAUUGUGUUGAUUAGUUUGCUUUGUUUAGCAGCAAUAGGGGGUGUUGGCUUCCUAACUUAUUAUCUGUUGGAAAAGAAAGCAUUAAAGGUUGAUGUAAAAAUUUUACAAGAUAUGACGCUGUCAUUAACUGUUACUAGUAUUGCUAUUGUAUCAUAUUUUGUAUUAAAAUAUGCAACAAGACUUGAAUUAUAUUUAUCACAUAGACUGAGGCUUUACUUGACAAUGAUAAGGGUUGUGACAUUAAGAAUUGUUAUGCUUGGAAUAAUUGCAUAUUUUUGGAUCUUUAUAUUUAAACCUCCAAGAAAUAUGAAAGUGUGUUAUGAAACAGAACUUGGGAAAGAAAUCUAUCGUCUCAUACUUGUUAAUUUUUUGAUAGAAACCCUGAUUUUUACAUUAAUUGGAGAAUAUGGAAGGAAAUUAAUUAGUCUAUAUUUUUCUUCUGUUGGACGGGCUACAUUUGAUGUGGCUUAUAACACUCUUGACUUGAUAUAUUAUCAAACUCUGGCAUGGAUUGCAAUUUUUUGUGUACCUAUGGGAUCUUUUAUGAUUAUUAUUAUAUUAAUUCUUUUGUUCUACAUUAAAAAAUCAUCAAUGGCCUUUACAUGUAAACCACCUAUACGAUCUUGGUCAGUGAAUGAGGCACAAACAUUUUAUUUAGUUCUAACUUUUGUUAUGUUUUUCUUUUCUGCUGUUACUGUUGGAUAUUCUAUCUUUGGAUCAGAACCAUCUGACUGUGGACCUUAUCGUGACUAUCAGAAAACUCAAGAUAUUGUCACUAAAGUAUUCUUUGGAAAGGAUGAGCAAGGUAUAUUCACAAAAAUUAUAACUUACAUAACUUCUCCUGGUGUCCUGUUUGCCAUUUUCUGUGCUUUAGGUUUGGUUGUUUAUUAUAUGAGAGCUCAGGCUAAAGCACAUAUAUCUGUUAUCAAGAAAAUACGAGAACAGCUAAUAUUGGCAAGUAAAGAUAAAGUUUUCCUGUUAAAAUUAUUUGAUGAAGCAUUUCUUGCUCAUUGGCAAACCAAAAGUUCGACAAAUGUUAAGAAAGAUCAAGACUCAAAACAGUCGCCACAUCAAAGGAAUGGUGUUAGUAGCCAGCAUGAGGUUUUUAAUGAAGGGUACACUGAGUAUAAUGACCAUCCUCUUGAAUCUCCGAUCCACAAGAAAUUUUCCCCUAGCUAUAUACCAGCUAAAGUACCUAUCAAUAUAAUAAAUCAUGAAAAUGUAUCGCCUGGUUUCAAUAACAUAAAUAACAUUUCUGCAAGAAGUGAUGGCUAUCGAUCUCCUAUUGCAUCUUUUGGAAAGGAAUCUCCUCUACAAAUGCGAAGGGGGUCCCCUUAUCCCGUCCAUCAACAUGGUUUUCGACACUUAUGUGAUGAUAGCCAUAAACAGACUCAUACAGAUUAAAUUUAAUUAUUGUUGAUUUAAUAUUUAUGUGAAAAAUAUAAUUUUAUAUAUUUUGUAUGAAAGUGAUCAGAAAUUUAAAUUUUUUAAAAUUUCAAUUUUUUUUUAAAUUUUUGAAUAGCUUUGUUUUGGGGUAUGUCAAAAAAUCAUAUAGUUAAAUUUCCUUUCAUACGUAAUCAGAGUUAUAUUUAGUAUUUUAAUUAAUGAAUGAUAAAUAAAUCAUCUUGAAGAGUGUGCAGUAUUUUUAGAAAUAUAGUAAAGAAAAGAAAAAAAAAAUGAAAUGCUAUUUCUUCUCUAAAAAUUAUAAUAAAUCAGCUUUAAAACUGAUUGUUAAUUUAUGAAUUAAUUGAUUUAAAUUGUAUGCUGUUGCAUUUUUGAGUUUCAAAAUUGAAGCUUUUAAUUUGUUUGAUAUUUCUAAAGAUAAUAUUGUAAUGUGAUAAUUUGUUUCUUACUAAGAGAUUUUUCAUAUAAUAUAGUAAUAAUAAUUUGAUUUACUUUCCUGAUUCCUUUCAAUUUUGCCCAUUGUGUCAAGCAAGUACAAUUUAGUAUGAAGGGGGCAAUUUUAUUCUCUUAAUUUAGAAAUGUUCAUUUGAGAAGAUGUUUUUGUGAGCAUAAAAUGAUUUAACAGGGAUUCUUAUUAUAAUAUGUUCUUUUUUUUUUGUUGUUGUUAAAGCUGAAUGCUUGAAAAACUAAUUUUAUUUUGUGUGUUCCUAUUGUAGUCUGAUGAUAUAGACAAAUUUAUGGCAAAGCAACUGUUCUAAAUGCAGGCUAUUCUUCAUAUGUACAAACAAAAAAAUCUAUAUAUAAUAUAUAUUGCAUAAGCUGGUCUUAUUCUAAAAGCAAUAUAUUUUGUGAUUUUUGAAACUUUUUGAUAUUAUAUAUGUGAAUUUGUGACUUUUUAUAAUAACAUUUUGCCUUUAUGAUAUAUCAUUUGACAUUUAAAAGCCUUGAUUAUUUUAUUUUAUUCUAUAGAAUUGAUUUCUCUUUCAAUUAUGAUUAUUAAGGAAUGUAAGUCCCCAGUUACUUAUGCAUAAUUUUUUUUAACUUCCUACUCUCAACUAUAUAUUUAAUUUUGCUUGUUGUGAUAUUUUGGGUACUAAAUUUUUGUGUGUGUGACUAUUUUGGAAUUAACUUUAUUUUGUUAUAUAGGACACUAAAGGUUUUUUUUUUAUCUCCUGAAAAUUUAUUAAUCAAUUAUUAUAAAUUUGUUUCAAAAUGGGAGUUUAUAACAGUAAUCCAAAGUUUUUUUAAUUAUUGCUGUAUGUAAGUAGGUUAUACAUUUGAUAUUUAAACAUUUAAUAUAUGUUAAGAAAUUUUUCAGUAGUUUGUUUCCAUCAUGUUUAAUUUGGCUAUAUUUUAGCCCUUCUAGUAUUUCAUAUUAUUUUUCAUUUUGAGUGGUUGAAAACAGUGGCUAUGAUAAAAUUUAUAAUGUUUAAAUUUAUAAUGCGUUUUUAAAUUUCUUAAAGGUCUUCAUUUUUCACAAAAUUUAAAAAUACCAAUAGAGAUGUCACUAUAAUUGAAAAAUGAUAUAUAAGAUCAUGAUGUUCUAAUAGAAAUUCUAAAGUAUAUCACCAGCAUUUCAUAUUAAGUAA